GUGAUUGAAAUUUUGACUUGUAAGUAGAUGAAGUUCCAGUAUAAAGAAGAGCACCCUUUUGAGAAAAGGCGGUCCGAAGGCGAGAAGAUUCGGAAGAAGUAUCCGGACAGGGUUCCCGUCAUCGUGGAGAAAGCCCCCAAAGCCAGAAUAGGUGAUCUGGACAAGAAGAAGUAUCUCGUCCCCUCCGACUUGACAGUGGGCCAGUUUUAUUUCCUCAUCCGGAAAAGAAUCCACUUGCGAGCCGAGGACGCCCUUUUCUUCUUUGUAAACAACGUCAUUCCGCCCACUUCGGCUACUAUGGGACUCUUGUACCAGGAGCACCACGAAGAGGAUUUCUUCCUCUACAUUGCCUACAGCGACGAGAGCGUUUACGGGAGCAGCCAAAGGAAAAUGUGA